AUGAGUGGUCUUGCUUUGAAAUUUACCUCUCUACUAGUGAGGACGAUUGCAAAACCAAUUGGUAAUGCAAUCAAAAGGCAAGCAAAAGACCACGAAAGAUUCAGAAGAUUAUGCAUUAGUUUUGCCCAAAAGAUGCAUUCUUCUGAAAUAAAAUUGAGGAUGUCAUUAUUGGGGGAAAAUAAAAUAAAAGUGAAGCCAUUGAAUGAUAACAAAGCCAUUGAGCAAGGUGCAACUUUUAUAUCCGAAUUUUUCAUAUUCAGUGUUGCUGGUUCCUUAAUUUUCUACGAAAGCUAUAGAAGUCGAAAGAAGGCAACCAAUGAGCGAGAUGCAUUGGCAGAUGACAUAACACUGUUACAAAGUGAAAUUGAAAAGAUUAAUAAUAAGCUUGAGGAUAUUAAUAUCAAGUUGAUUGAUUAUAAAGUUUCAGCAUCAUCCUCAGAAACCGCUCCUAAAUAG